CGCCAUCGCACCUCACUCAUACCGUCCGAAUUACGUCUCUCCAUAUUUUUAAAAUUAUUAUAAUUAAAAUUGUUGUUAUCAUUGUGUUGAAUGAAAAAUUAUAGUGAUUUUUUAAGUAUUUAAUAUUUACUUGUGUGUUAGUGGUUGGUUAUGACAACGUAAGCAAACGUUCAAUGUGUGGUCAGUCACGUACGCUGUGCAGAAGUGUGUGACUAAUAUUGUUGCUGUCGUGACAUUGGCUUAGCUCUAUCAGGCUGUUGUAGACGUGUGUUGCGUUAUUAUCAAUAAGAAAAACCUUGGCUCAGUCGAGUUUUGUGCGCGGGCGCAUCUGAACAGUCAUAAGCGCCGGCGCCGCGUGUAAAGGUGUGAAGCGCCAAGCGCAUGUGCGAUGCGAUGCGUGAAAAACUCUCUGAACUGCUGCGUGGGACAGUGCGUGCGCCGACAGAUAACACGGACAAGUUGCAGAAUGGCAUCACUCCAGUACUGUUGUUCUCUGAUCAAGGGAGCGCACGCGAAGGCGGAUUGGUAUGGCGCGGGUGCUCCGCAGGCUGCGACGACGCCGAGGAUGGCACGGCGGGAGCGCUCACCGACGGGAACCUCAACCCUGGAGACAAGUUGGAGGGGUCGGACGCAGCUCCGGACGACCCUGUUCACCUCAAGCGACAGGUGGGACUCGUCAGUGGGGUGGCUUUAAUCGUUGGCACCAUGAUAGGCUCGGGAAUUUUCGUCUCGCCCUCUGGGCUUUUGGAGCGCACGGGUUCAGUGGGCAUAAGCUUCAUCAUAUGGAUGGCGUGCGGACUGCUCUCGCUGCUUGGAGCGCUUGCGUAUGCGGAGUUGGGGACAAUGAACACGUCCUCUGGCGCUGAAUACGCCUAUUUUAUGGAUGCAUUCGGAGGACCACCGGCAUUUCUGUUUUCAUGGGUAUCGACAUUGGUGCUGAAACCAUCCCAAAUGGCUAUAAUUUGUCUAAGCUUCGCUAAGUAUGCGGUAGAACCGUUUGUGUCCGAGUGCGAACCGCCACAAAGCCUUGUCAAGCUCGUAGCACUAAUUGCAAUUGUAAUGAUCUUAGCGGUCAACUGCUAUAGCGUGAACUUGGCAACUAAUGUUCAAAACAUUUUCACGGCAGCCAAAUUAGGAGCGAUUGCGAUCAUCGUUUGCGGCGGAGCUUACAAAUUGAUAUUAGGUAAUACGCGACAUUUACAGGAGCCCAACUUCGCCAGUAGCACGGCGACUCUGGGCAACAUAGCAACCGCAUUCUACACGGGCCUAUGGGCCUACGAUGGUUGGAACAAUCUCAACUAUGUAACUGAGGAAAUUAAGAAUCCAUCCAAGAAUCUUCCGUUGAGUAUAGUGAUCGGCAUACCUUUGGUGACACUCUGUUAUGCUCUGGUGAACGUGUCAUACCUGGCGGUGAUGUCCGUCAGCGAGAUGGCGGACAGCGAGGCUGUAGCGGUGACUUUCGGGAACCGCUUGUUGGGGCCCAUGGCAUGGCUCAUGCCACUGGCUGUUACUAUAUCCACGUUUGGUUCAGCUAACGGCACUUUAUUUGUCGCAGGAAGGUUGUGCUUUGCAGCCUCACGGGAAGGUCAUUUAUUGGAUAUUUUGUCGUAUGUUCACGUGCGUCGCUUCACACCCGCUCCAGGACUGAUAUUCCAUUCUCUGAUAGCAGUAGCAAUGGUACUGUACGGGACAAUAGAUUCGUUAAUCGACUUCUUCUCAUUCACCGCUUGGAUAUUCUAUGGUGGUGCGAUGCUUGCUCUGAUCGUUAUGAGAUACACUAAACCCCAUGCACCUAGACCAUAUAAGGUGCCAAUAAUUAUCCCAUAUGUUGUUUUGUUGGUAUCGGCGUAUUUAGUGGUGGCCCCAAUAGUGGACAAACCUCAAUGGGAAUAUCUGUAUGCCGCUGCUUUCAUAUUGGCCGGAUUAUUGGUCUAUUUGCCUUUUGUGAAAUGGGGAUAUACGUUGCCGUUUAUGGAUAAAAUAACAGUUUUCCUACAAAUGGUGCUGGAGGUGGUGCCAACUUCAACAACAUUUGAAUACUGAUGAGUCUGCGCUGGACUAUAAAAGAGCAUUUGUGACAAAAUUAGAGUUUAAAUUUUUCUGGUAUCCUUUGUUAAAUUUUACACUGUUAUUGUUGAUACAUUUUUAUCAAUUUUGUCAACUUUCAAUGAUUUUUUGCCCAUAUAUUUUAUAAUAAAUAGACCAUGAAGGUGGUGCUGAAAGAUACUAAUACAAUGUUAUUGUUUUCGACUGAGAAUUUGUUCCUUGUUCUAAAAUUCAUAAUUAUUGUUUUGCGUAAGCGCUGUUAGAGACAAAUGCAAUAAUUUGUUAUUCGAAUAUGUAAAUGAAUUAUUAUAAUAUGUCAUUAUUAUCAUAAAUAACAUUUAAUGCUUAUAUUCAAUAGCGUAUUUGGAAGAGAAAGGGGGGCUGUCUAUUUUUGAAUUGUCUGGUAUUGACUGUAGAAUUGUCUUGUAUGGACUCAGAAUAACGAGCGGAGCCUUGGGUAUGUCUGAGAAUGUACAUGCGUCUUUUUUAAUGUGUCAGGCCCCCUUUGGAAAAUAAUCUUAAAUACGUCAAUGACUAUAUUUAACAGAAAUACAAUACGUAAGUAAGGUGCAUUCGGUUAUUAAAAAAGUAUUAUAAUAAUAGUAUUCAUAGUUGUAUUAAAAAUGUGAAUUUUCUGGCCUAUAAGCAAUUUCGUAAUAAGUUGAAGUGUUUCAAUAAAUGUAUGUAGCACCUAAAUACAUAUAGAUAGAUAUGUAUAAAAAUACUAAAAAUUAAAAUGUAUUAUUAUUUCUUAUAAGAGAACGUCGUGGUUUAGUUGUAUAGUAUCAGAAUUUAUAGACUCUAGGCCGUGAGUUCGCUUCUGGCUGACCGUUGUAAAUUACCUAAUAAGUAUAAUUUUGUAUAUCAGUUUACAAAAAUCUGAUAUCGGUUGGGUAAAAUUUGUUAGUAAUGACAUCUGAAUUAACAAAGGCAAGGGAAUGGUGUCAAAAUUUCGAUUAUUCCAUUCAGCCGAAUGCACCUAACAACAAGGUUUUCAAAUAAUUUUAAUAUACAAAAAGAAAUGAUCUGGUUUUAAGUAAAAUGCUUAAUUGAGGUAUUUACAAUAUUUGUAAUUGUAUUUUAAAGCCAUAAGGCAAUAUUUUUGUGAAAAUUAGAUAGUGAUGUCAUAGUCCAUUUCAUUAGUUUGCACGAAUCAUUCCUAUGGGGAUCAUGCAAAGAGAGAUAUUUUCAGGAUUUACCAUGUUUACAGAGCCAAUAUUUGUAUUUUUAAUAGGACAUGUAAAAGGGCCACUUUAGAUAGUUAAGAUACCUACUUACUAUACCUAUAUUAUAAUUUCUAUAUUAACAUCGUAAUUAAUUUUUUUUAUGAUAUGAAUUUAAAUUGUAUUAUAAAAUAUUUAAAACAGAUAAAAAAAAAAAACAGAGGCUAAAUCAAGCGCUUUAGAAGAUUAAAUACUUGCAAGAUAUACAAUUUAUAUUUUAAUUACAACAUGGUCAAUUAUUAAUCAUAAUAUAAAAAGAUACAUAAAAAUUGGCAAGAUGUUGCAUGGUACUUUUCGAAUUUCUCGACUAAGCUUGAACCCUAUUUGCAUCACUAUGAGUGAUUGUGCUAAACUCAUAGUUCGUAGUUCAUCGGUCAUCAAUAGGCAACCUUAGUGGAAGUUUAGCUGUAACUGUUUUUAUUAUUACACAACAAAAUUUGUGCGUUGUUUACUCAUAUUUUAGGGGCUUAUACACAUAUAUUUCACUUAUUUUAUAUAUUAUAAUAUUAACCUUAGAUUUUUAAUUAUAUAAAGAUGUUAUGAAAGAAAAACAAAGACCGAUGUUUUUAUUGACAUGAGACAAGUAUUUAUGAUGCAUGUAAAUAAUUCGUAAAGAACAUUUAGUUUAUAACAUUCUAUACAUUUUAUUUGUAUGCGUCACAAAAUUUUCUGUGGCAAUGCCAUGUAUUGUUUUUUUUUAACAAACGUUUUUGAAAAUUUAAUUUUGCAGUGCAAAUUUUUCAUAUUGAUAUUACAGGGUACCGAUGCAUAUUACAGUAGUUUUUAGAUAUGGUGUCAUAUUAAUACUAUAACAGUUACAGUGAAUUCUGUGACGUCCAAUAUGUACAUGUAUAUAGGCGACCGUUACUGGUUUCCAUUAUGUGGGCUAUCCGCUUAUUUAUCAUUUGAAAUUGCAUAAAAAAUACAAUAUGGGUUAAUAUUUUUAGAAAUCUAAGGUUAAAAAAAUUAUACUAACAACGCGGCCCCAAAUUAAAGACUAAAGUGUGUGUUUUCUAACAAAUCUUUAUUACCUAUUGGUGGAGUUUUGCGACCGGUAAAAUUUGGUCCUAUCAUUCCUUACCGGGGCAUAACGAUGCCGUCAUUGUUUAAAUUAUGUUUUAUUAAAUAUAUUUUUGUAUUUGAUAACAAAUAGCAAUGUGUCAGAGAUUUUUUACGAUAUUGAAAUUUUAACGGUUAGGAACCGUUGUUAAAAAAUAUGCUUGAAAUAUCAAUAUUUUGCCAAAAAUUGUAAUACAUUAUUACGUGUAGAUAGCUUCGACGUCUAAAAUAUAGGUGUAUGAACCAUUGUACCUACUAUGUAGACACAUGAGGGCACACAGCAAGUACACACCUAACGAUGUGAUAUUGUUAUGGGUAAUUAUCUAAUGGUUUUAUUUUGUGAAAAAUAUCAAAAUACAUACCUAUACAUACUUACAUAAAAUCUAUAAACUAUAUAAUCUAUGUAUGUACUUAUCUCUGAAAGAGAACAGAAUUAUUUAUUGUUAUACACUUACCAUUGAAUUAAGUGAAAUUUUAAAUAAAGACGGAAUUAUAA